AUGAACAAUAAUGCACCUCUGGCUAUUCAUAUCAACAAACUGAAAAACUGCAGAGUUUUCUGUGGUCCAGUACCAGGUUCAGUAUUUAUUAGGGAGUGCACAAAUUGUACUUUUGUAUUGGCUUGUCAACAACUUCGAAUUCAUUCAACUGUUAACACUCACUUUUAUAUACAUGUGACCAGUAAAGCAAUUGUGGAGGACAGUUAUAAUGUUAAGUUUGCACCAUACAACUGGAAAUAUGAUGGUCUUGAAGAGCAUUAUGCUUUAACAGGUCUUAACAGACACAGAAAUAACUGGGAUAAAGUUGAUGAUUUUAACUGGCUUGCUGCAGAUGCACAUUCACCAAACUGGUCCAUACUUGAGGAUUCUGAGCAAAUUUCUUCCUGGGAUGUUUAA